AUGGCCAAGACCUAUGAUUAUUUGUUCAAAAUUCUGCUGAUCGGUGAUAGCGGCGUGGGAAAGACGUGCCUCUUGUUUCGCUUCUCUGAGGACUCUUUCAACAAUUCGUUCAUAUCCACCAUUGGAAUUGACUUCAAAAUUCGAACCAUCGAACUGGACGGCAAGAAAAUCAAACUUCAGAUAUGGGACACUGCUGGACAGGAGCGAUUUCGAACCAUCACGACGGCUUACUAUAGAGGAGCAAUGGGUAUUCUGUUGGUGUACGACAUAACAAACGAGAAGUCUUUUGACAACAUCAAAAACUGGAUACGCAACAUUGAGGAGCACGCGUGCAGCGACGUCGAAAAAAUGAUACUUGGCAACAAGAGCGACAUGGAGGACCGGCGACAGGUAUCAAAGGAGCGAGGCACGCAGCUGUCCAUCGAAUAUGGCGUUAAGUUCAUGGAGACCAGCGCGAAAGCCAACUAUAACGUUGAAGCGGCGUUUUUUACCCUUGCUAGGGACAUCAAAGCUACGACGGAAAAGAACCUGGUAAUUUUUGUGGUCGCUUUGAAAAAUAGGAUCCGUGGAUCCGGAAGUUGUUUACAGCAUUUUUAUAGUCUUUGA